AUGUACAAAGAAAGAGGGAAUGUGGAAACUGGCCUCGUCGACUACCAGGUGUCUGAACUACUGGGUAUUCCACGUCGAACAAUCCGAACAUGGAUUGACCAGAAAUGGGACAUCCUGGCCUACGACGGUAACAAAAAGCGCAAGAAGAUCGUCCCUGGUGGCCGUCCCGAAACCUUCCCCGACCCAGACGGACUCGUUCUGUUCAUGAACGAAAUGCGUGAACAAGAAAGAGCCCUGACGACAACACAUAUCGUCAACUGGAUUAAGCGGCAUCAAGCUGACUGGCUGCGCUCCUACGUUGCGCAGAAAAAGCCUGGCGCCGGAUACCAAAGUCUGCUGAGACUUCUUCAACGGUUCUGCCAUCGACACGGCUUCUCACAUCAACGGCCUGGGAAGAACAAGCAAAGCCAAGCUGCCUUGGUCGAGGUACGCGACAAGUUCGCAGAGGAUUUCCACCGCGAGUACCGAGGGUUUGGGUCCUGA